UACUCUCUCUGUUUAAUGAUUUAGAAUACAGUAACACUGACGAUCUCGAGGAAGGGAGAAAAACAACAAUUUUCUACACUUCAACGAAUUCUAUUAAUCUAACGCAACUGUGCGACUGUAGUAUAUUUUUGAAAGAGGUUUUAAAAGUUCAGAACUGCAUUCAAGCGGACUAAUAACAAGAUCAGAGCUUGUUUUCUUGACAACUGUCUACUGUUUUAUUGGAAUUUAUCAAUAGUUAUGGCAAAACGUAUCAUCUUUAUUUUCUUGACAAUGGCAGUCACCAGUCAGGUGGGUGCCAGCUGCCCGGCGGUGUGUGAGUGCCCAGCCAUGCCCCUCUCGUGCCCCCCCGGGGUGAGUGCGGUGGGUGACGGCUGCAGGUGCUGCAAGGUGUGUGCCUCCCAGCUGAACCAGGACUGCAGCCCCACGAUGCCCUGCGACCACCACAAGGGACUGGAGUGUAACUACGGCAAUGACGUGACCCUGGCCCAGGGCAUAUGCAGGGCAAGAAUGGACGGUCGUACGUGUGAGUACAACGGGAGGAUCUACCAGAACGGCGAGAAUUUCCGCGCCGGCUGUAAACACCAGUGUACCUGCAUCGACGGUGUCGUGGGCUGUUCUCUGCUCUGUGCCAACCGUCUGCCCCCCGCCACCUCCUCCUGCCCCUAUCCCCAGCUGGUCAGGGUGCCAGGGCAGUGCUGCUUCACUGUGGACUGCCACAAGGGUACCGGGCGCCUUCCCCCCACCAAGCAACAUCACCAACCAACACAACCCAAACCUCAGCCAGACCAGUACCAGCCAGAUAACACACUGGCCAAUGAGCUGGUGGAGAGAGGCAAGGUCUGGGAGAAUGAACAAGGCUACAAGCACCUGCCUGUAUGGAAGCAUUCGUUAGAGAAGUGUGUUGUCCAGACAACGGACUGGUCCCAGUGCUCACGAAGCUGUGGGAUGGGAGUGUCCUCACGCAUCACCAACGACAACGCCCAGUGUAAGCUGGAUAGAGAGACGCGCCUCUGCACCAUCCGGCCCUGCGGUGGCGUAGCCGUCCCGCCCAAGAAGGGCAAGAAAUGCUCCCCGACCCCAAAAGCCCCAGAACCCAUGCGUCUGUCGUAUGGCGAGUGUCAGAGUGUCCGCCUGUACCGGCCCAACUACUGCGGUGCGUGUACGGAUGGUCGUUGCUGUUCGCCGCAUCGCACGCGCACCGUCCCUGUGACCUUUGUGUGCCCGGAUGGUGAGCGUUUCCAGAGAGCCGCCAUGUUCAUCCAGUCGUGCAAGUGUAGCAAGGAAUGCGGCCAUCUCAACGAAGUGGCCUUGCCACCACAGCACUGGAUGUAUGGAGACACACAUAAGUUCAUCGACUAGCUUGAUCGUGUUUGAAAAGAAUCCUCAAAGUUGACUGAGAACAUUGACAAGGGAAGGGUGACAUAAUUAAAAUAAAUACCAUGGGCCUUGA